AUGCUGAUGAGCCGCGGAAUUCAUAUGGUUGAGACGAACUUGAUGGCACACAUCUGUGCUCAAUUGGAGUUGCGCCAGGGACCGGCUAUCAACCGCAAGAUUCGACACGGCGCCGUUUUGGCCAAGCAUCAAUUCACCGGCGAUAAUGAUCUGACGAUUUGUAUCCCGGGUCUUACGAGAACCAGGAACCCAAAUGCGCGGAAUGAUUGUUACAAUCCGGCGACCGGUUUCUUUAAGUUCACUAAAGAUUCGCUCUUGGACGCCUUCAAGCUUGUCGUGGGGUCCAUCAUUGAGAGACUCACGAAACACAUCAAUGAUGGAGUCAACAGGAUUGUGAUUGUGGGUGGGUUCAGCAAGUCUCCUUAUCUGAGAAAACGAGUCAAGGAGGUUUUGGAGGAAUUCAAUGAAGACAAAAGGCCAAAAGUUCACUACCUACCUGGUAAUGAAGCAAUAACCGUCGUGUCGUAUGGAUUAACUUUGAAGGGAAUAACAAUUCCAAACCCCGUGCAGUACCACGGCCCCUGGGGAUACAAAAUCAGCUGCCCGGUCAUCGAGGUGUUGGCAGCGACGGGGCUCACCUUUUCAAGGCGUUAUGAUUUCCCUAUUUUCAAUCCAAACCAGCAGAACCUCCAGGAAGGGAAGACGCCGUUCAGACUGAGUGUGGAACGAGGGCAACGUGUAGGAGAUGUUUAUGUCCAUCGCUUUAAAGAAACGUCAGACGACGCUGAAUAUGUGGUCCAAAUUCACCUCACGAUCCCCGACGAUGCCCCCCGCGCCGAAUACCACGAAAGAGGAGUCGUAGUCUACUUCUACAACCUCUACUUGUUAUGGCAUUUUAUCGAAGGAGUUGGCCUCAAAUCGAAAUUGCAGGUGGCGGUUCGUAACAAUGAUAGGAAGGAGACAGUGGGGGCGGUGGUGGGCUCCAGCAGCCAUACCGUGGCUGAAAUGGUUCCAUGGCGAAGAAAGGACUGA